AUGCCUUGGGGGCGUGAUGGCUGGCGGAGAUGCUUCCCGUCUGCUGGAUCCUCCACCCAGAAUGGUACCCCCUGGCGCCCGCUGGCCCUGCGCCCGCCCUUCCUCUUCGUCCUGGCCUCCGUGAUGGUCGCCGCCAUGCUCACCCUCGAGGGCUUACGCUGCUACAGCCGUCAGACCGGGGGAUUGGUCUUCUACGACAACGCCGAUGACAUCUCCGAUGCCGUCUCGCUGCUCUACAACUACAUCCCCGCCCUGUGCGCCGUCCUCCUCGUCACCCUCUGGUCCUUCACCGACUACGACGUCCUGCGCCUCGAGCCCUACUUCCAGCUCGCCCAUCCCCAGGGCACCGACGCCCGCAUCCUGUUCACCAACUAUAGCUUCCACCCGCUGCUGACCCCCUUCAUCGCCCUGCGCCGCCGCCACUGGCUCGUCGCCCUCGUCUCCCUGCUCACCCUCCUCCUGCGCAUGUUCCUGCCCGCCCUGCAGACCAGUCUGCUCGACCUCCAGCAGUUGACCCUCCUCUCCCACCAGUCCGUCAAGGUCUGGCCCCGGCUGCUCGGUCUGCCCGGCCAGGCCGACUGGUUCGCCAUCGAGGCCGCCCAGGAUAUUCACGCCACCGCCGCCGACUCGGCCCAGUACGCCUUCCCCCCCAUCGAGAUUACCGCCGCCAACACCUCCCAACACUCCACCUGGCGCCUCAACGAGACCAUCUACUGGGCCGAUCUGGCCUGCGUCAACCUCUCCCUCGUCCACCCGGCGUUCCCCUCCUCGCCCACCGUCGUCAAGUCCGCCGACGCGGCCGAUUAUCUCACCUUGUCCUGGUCCGUCGACAGUCUCGCCAUCCCCAACACCACCACCACCGCCGCCAACUGCAAGCUCAAUCUCAGUGUCGAGGCCGAGGUCCGUUCGUGGGACACCCAAUUCCAACUCCGCUACUGGGACCCAAUCGUCGGUCAGGGGAAUUCCACAGGGAAUAUUAGCACCGUUACCACCAGCACCACCGCAGAGACCCUUCACUUCAAUUCCACCUGCACCCGCAAUCCCUUUGACCUCUACGGCAUUGUGAUAUCCGUGGACCGUCUCAACACCACCUCCAGUAACGGCCUUCCCGAAUACAACUCCUCCGCCUCGGCCUUUGCCUGUCGACUGCAAUAUCAGUAUGCCAAUGCGCAGGUGGAGAUGCGUGCCAACAGUUCCGUCACCUCGGUCAAGUUCUCCAAGCACACGGUCCCCAAGAAUCUAACCAGCGCCACGUUUGACGCCCAGGGGUUCAAGAGCCUGCUGCUCGACCGGGCCUCUGCCACGGGGGGUCUGUGGGUGGACGACGGCGACGAUGAUGACACCCUCACCGGAACGCAAUGGCAGAGCGAGGUGACCACCACCGUCAAGGAGACGUUCGCCUUUGCCCUCAAUCGACUCUUCAAUCUCGACUCCAAUCCGGUCACCCUCGACGCCGAUGAGAUCACCAACUCCGUCGGCCUGGCCAUCGUCCCUGGCGCCGCUCUCAUCUCCGAGGCCAUCCUUCUCCUCUGCGCCCUGACGGCCGUCGGCCUCGCCUUCCUCUACCCGCGCCGUGCCAACUUCCUGCAGUCCGAUCCGGGCUCCAUCGGUGCCAUGUGCAGUAUCGUCAGCGAUCUGUUCGACCCGGAGAAUAAUCUGCUCGCUGACCCACAGGUCGGCUGUGACACUUGGUCCACAGGCAAGCUUCGUCGCAUGGCUCGCUCGCUGCGCUGUCGUUGGAACGGCCAGGGCCGUAUCGAGAUCAUCCCCCUCGACGGCCACCAGCAGCAUGUCUUCCUAAUGACCCAUCCGGAGGCGACCGAUCCCAACAACAACAACAACAACAACAACAACAACAACAACAAUGACAAUAACAAGGAGAAAGGUCGCGCACCGUUUCGAGCCCCCCGCGUGGCCGAUCCUCGGCCGCAUUUUCUCGUCGUACCCAUCUUUCUCAUCGAGUUUGUCGCGCUGUUGACCAUGAUCACCGGCAUGGGGAUCGCUCUGCGCUCCCUCAUGAACCGAGGUUCCUUUGCCGAUCUCUCCCAGUCUUCAUCCAGCGUCCUGCAGGUGAUCCUCUCCUUCGGGCCUACCUUGCUGGCCUCCUCGGUCAGCGCCCUGUUCACCUCCAUCCACCGUCACUUGAGCGUGCUCGAGCCAUGGGUGCACCUGCAACGCGGCCACGCCCCCGCCGCCAGCUCGCUCUCGCUCAACUACGCCUCGCAGACCCCCUUCGCCGUUCUGUGCAAGGCGCUGCGCGGCCGACACUGGCUGCUGGGCUUGGUCGCCCUCGCGUGCGUGGUCAACACCUUUCUCAGCGUCAUCACGGGUGGCCUCUUCACCCAACAGCUCAGCAUCUCCGCCCUGCCCACCUCCGACCUCGCCUCCCCCUACAGCCAAUCCGUCCUGAUCGACCCGGGCACUGCGGGCGACCUGGUCAGCGAUGACUUCUUCCAAUCCAGCCUCAACGCGCUGCACCCGUUGUCCCCCUGGACCACCUUCGGCUUCUCCUUCCCGCCGCUGACCGUCGCUCACCGGGACCGCCACCACGAGUUCAGCGCCAACACGCUGGGCAUCGGCGCCCGGCUCGAGUGUCGGUCUCUCAUCCUCAACGAUUCCGUCGUGACGACCAACGCGACGACGGGCGUGACCACGUGGCAGUACCAGCCGCUGGGAGAGAACAGCACCUCCUCCUCCUCCUCCUCCUGUCACAUCGAGAUGGCUCCGCUGCGCACCGACAAUGGCUCCUCCGUCCCGCUCUCCAUCCACUACCUCGGUCCCGGGGGCGCCAACGUGUCGACGGCAUGUCGGUCAUCCGUGCUGAUUGUCAGCCGGUGGCACAUCGCGCAGGCCCACGAAGCCGUCACGGCGGCCAACACGAUCGCGCUGUCGUGCAUGCCGCACAUCGACCUGCGCAACUCGACCAUCCAGUUCGACCGUAGGGGGAUGAUCCAGGCCGCGACGCCCGUGGCCGGCAGCGCCAUCAGCUCGGGCCCCGUGUACGACAACGCCACCCGCAGUCUGGCCGAGUACCACCGGGCGUUCCUCGCGCUGGCGCGCACCUCGACGCAGAACGGCGCGACCACGGCGGCGGCAGCGACCAACGGGUCCAGCGACGGGGCGUACGACUGGCCCGGGUUCCUCACCGCGCGACUCUACGAGCAACGGGCGGCCAACGGGACGACGGGCGCCCGGCUCGAACCCCGCCCGCUCCUCGCCGCCGCGGAACAAGUCUACGGCUGGGCGUUCAGCUCCUACUUCAGCCUCUACCAGUCCAUGUAUCUGCAGUCGUUACCGCGCGCCGCCCCCGUCGCCAACGGCACCGUCAUCCACCACACAUGGGGGAUCGCCGCCUCGGCCCCGACCGCAAUCACGAUCCUGGCGAUCGUCGCAGCCGACACGUUGAUCGUGAUGGCCGUCUUUGUCACCCGGCGCGGACGCUUCCAGGCCCCGCGCAUGCCCAAAACGCUCGGCGCCGUCGUCCCCUGGGUGGGCGGGAGCUCCAUGCUGGCUGACUUCCGCCGCACGCAUGGCUGGACCAACGCCCAGCGACGCACCCAUCUCUCUGAUCUGGAUAAGCGGUAUAGCUUUCGGCGCUUUCCUCGUGCGGGAGUCAUGCGGUACGCCGUCGACGAGGAGGAGAUUGUCGAAGCUGUCUCUGUCGAGGUCGAGAUCAAGGAACGCGAUUGA